CACCACCACUGCCACCAUAUCCAGAUGUCUACGUGCAAACGCUGAGCAAUAGCGCACUUCGGGUGGAUAUGACAUUGGGCCUGCGGUUGCCAACUAUCACACACAAGCACCAUCCUACCAAUAUAAGAAGCAGUAGAUGGCUGUCUAGCUAAUAGCUUCCUCACUUACAUCCAGCCUGAUUCAGUAAACUAGAGAGGCCUGGCGAUCAGCUAAAAUGAAAGGUUAUACUAUAUGCUAUGUGUUGUUUCCUAUCCUCUUUGUUGCAGUGCUGGUAGAAUCAGCAGGAGCAGCUGGGGGAGAGAAGGAUGGUGUUUAUAUUGUUUACAUGGGAGCUGCGACAGGUUCUUCGAAGAAUGAUCAUGCCCAGCUUCUGAGCUCUGUCUUGAAACGGAGAAAGAAUGCUCUAGUGCAGAGCUAUGAACAUGGAAUUUCAGGGUUUGCAGCUCGUUUAUCAGCAGCAGAGGCUCAAUCAAUCGCUAGAAACCCCGGAGUUGUAUCUGUUUUUCCUGAUCCUGUCUACCAACUCCACACAACUCGUUCAUGGGAUUUCCUGAAAUACGGAACCGAUGUAGUGAUUGACUCAAGCCCCAAUUCUAACUCCAGCUCAUCUUCCGGAGGAUAUGAUUCGAUCAUUGGAAUCCUAGACACAGGUAUUUCGCCCGAGUCUGAGAGUUUUAGUGGCAAGGAUAUGGGUCCAAUACCGUCGCGCUGGAACGGUACCUGUGUCGAUGCUCAUGAUUUUUGUAACGGGAAAAUAAUCGGAGCAAGAGCUUACAAUAGCCCCGACGAUGACGAUGACGGACUAGAUAAUACACCAAGAGAUACGAAUGGGCAUGGCACUCAUGUAGCAUCCACUGCAGCAGGAACUAUGGUACCUGAUGCAUCUUACUAUGGAUUAGCUACUGGGACUGCCAAAGGUGGGUCCCCUGGGUCAAGGAUUGCUAUGUACAGAGUGUGUGCACAAUAUGGAUGUGAUGGGUCCAGUAUAUUAGCUGCAUUCAGUGAUGCCAUUAAAGAUGGUGUCGAUAUACUUUCAUUAUCACUAGGGUCACCAGCAUCAUUCAUGCUCGAUUACAAGGAAGAUCCAAUAGCCAUUGGAGCGUUCCAUGCUGUUGAAAAUGGGAUCACUGUGGUCUGCUCUGCGGGGAAUGAUGGUCCAUCCGAGGAAACAGUUACGAAUGUUGCACCCUGGAUUCUGACAGUUGCUGCUACAACCAUAGACCGCAAAUUUGAGUCAAAUGUUGUGCUCGAUGGGGGAAAGGUGAUCAAGGGUGAAGCCAUAAAUUUCGCCAAUAUUGGAACAUCUCCAAUACAUCCAUUGAUUUAUGGAAAGUCAGCUAAGAAGACUGAUGCAACCGAAAGUGAGGCUAGAAACUGCAACCCGGAUUCUAUGGAUGGGGAAAUGAUCAAAGGAAAAAUUGUCCUCUGUGACAACGAUGACGAUUCAUACUCCUUUUAUGAAAAGGAGGGCGAAGUGCAGAGUUUGGGAGGAAUUGGUCUUGUUUUGGUUGAUGACAAGAAGAGCGGAGUUGCAUCUAAUUACAAUGAAUACCCUUUGACUGUGAUUAGUUCGAAGGAUGCUCCCGGGAUCCUUUCGUACCUUAACUCGACCAAAAAUCCAGUUGCAACGAUCCUACCUAGCACAGUGGUGUCACAAUAUAAGCCAGCACCUACUAUCGCAUACUUCUCAUCCAGAGGGCCUUCCUCCCUCUCAAGGAAUAUCCUCAAGCCUGAUAUUGCGGCUCCAGGAGUAGACAUACUUGCAGCUUGGAUGGCGAAUGAUACAGAAGUGACUCUUAAAGGUAAAGAAUCCCCAAAAUUCAACAUUAUCUCGGGAACUUCCAUGUCAUGUCCGCAUGUUUCUGGAUUGGCUGCUGUGGUCAAAUCCCAGUACCCCUCUUGGAGCCCCUCUGCAAUCAAAUCUGCCAUUAUGUCAACAGCAUCUCAGAUAAACAACAUGAAGGCCCCAAUAACAAAAGAAUUAGGUGCUAUAGCCACGGCUUAUGAUUAUGGGGCAGGAGAAAUAAGCACAAGUGGAGCAUUGCAACCAGGGCUGGUUUAUGAAACGACCACCACUGACUACUUAAACUUCCUAUGCUAUCACGGGUACAACACAUCCACCAUCAAAGUUAUUUCCAAAGACAUUCCAGAUGGUUUUACUUGUCCAGAGGAAUCAAGUGUCGACUUGAUAUCCAACAUCAACUACCCGUCAAUAGCAGUUUUCAACCUCACUGGAAAGCAGAGCAAGAAUAUUACCAGAACCCUAACAAAUGUUGCUGGAGAUGGUAAUUCAACAUACUCUCUAACCAUUGAAGCACCUAGCAGUCUAACCAUCACCGUGAGCCCAACCAGCCUGCAAUUUACGAAGAACAGCCAGAGAUUGAGUUAUCAAGUAAUUUUCACUACAACUGUCCCUUCAUUACCCAAAGACGUGUUUGGGUCAAUUAUAUGGACUAACAAAAAACUUAAAGUCCGCACUCCAUUUGUUGCAAGCAGUAGGUAAUUCACAAAACAGCUGCAUCAGAAAGAUGUAUUUCACAAGUAAUAAAUUUAAGAAUGCUUGAGAUAAUAAAAGCUCAAACUAUA